AUGGGCUGGCACAGGGGGGUGCGCGGACAGCGGGGGCUGCACCGGCACCGGGGAUGCACCGGCACCCGCGGGGGUGUUCCGGCACCGCGACCGUAUCGGCACCGGGGAAUGUACCGGGCCGGGGGUGUACUGGCACCGGAGCUGGAUCGGUACCGGGGGCGAAGCUGCACCGGGGCUGUACCGGUACCGGGGGAUGGACCGGCACCGGGGGUGGCCUGGGACCGAGAGUUGUCCCGGUCCAGAACCGGGCUGGAGCCGCGCUGGGGACAGCAGCGGUACCGGAGAGGGGCCCGGGCUAGCGGGGCUUGCAGGGACCUGGUCCGGGUCACCGGGCCACUGCCCGUGGGCUGGGUGGCCGUGCGGGCGCUCCCGCAGCUGUCACUGCUCCCUGCACUUGUAGCCAUGGCUGUAUGGGCCGUGGGGGGCUACCAGCCCCAGCAACCAGUAGCCGUGGGGGCUACCCGUGGGGUCACUGACAGCCACAGGGAGCCACGGGAGCCGCUGGCCUUGGGUCUUGACAGCCGCCGUGUCGCCGUGCCCAGCUCCAGCCAGGACAUGAAGACAGAGAAGGACGAGGCUGCGGCCACCUUCUCCGUGCGGGGGAAAUUCGGCGCAGAGGGGGCAGGCUGCAGUGCCCCCGCGCUGGGCAGUGCCCCGAUGGCGGUGGCGGGGAGCUCAGGGACCCCGGAGCUGCGGCCGCUGAAGCGCAGACCUGUCCCAGGGAAACACUACCAGUGCUCGAGCUACGGCUGCAAGCUGGCCUUCCCCAGCAUGCAGGAGCUGGUGGACCACCUGAAGGUCCACUACAGACCCACGCAGUCCCUCGAGGGCAAAACCUUCCACUGCCCCACGCUGGGCUGCACCGAGACCUUCCCCAGCAUGCAGGACCUCAUGGCCCACAUGAAGGUGCACUACAAACCAAAUCGCUACUUCAAGUGUGAGAACUGCCUGCUGCGCUUCCGCACGCACCGCUCCCUCUUCAAGCACCUGCACGUCUGCUCCGACAGCGCCAGCGGCCCCGCGCCGCCCCCCAAGCCCGACAAGCCCGUCCUGCCUCCCACUACCUCUGUCCCGGAGAAGGAGCCCCCGGCCAACCCCCAGCCGGAGCUCGCUGUGCCCUUUGCUGCGGGGCCGCAUUUCGGGCUUCUUCCCUUGGGAAGGGACCCCCUGAGCGUGCGGGGUUUGGAGCCGCAGCCCCGCGGCACCACGCGGCUCCGGGCGAGCCCGGGCCGAGCCCGGGGCGAUCCCGGGGCGAUCCCUGUGCUUCCCUGCCCGCCCGUCCUUGCAGGGCACUCCUCCAACAGCCGCAUCGUCUGGGAGCACACGCGGGGCCGCUACAGCUGCACGCAGUGCCCCUUCUCCACCGCCUCCCGCGAGGAGAUGACGCUGCACAUCGAGGACCACCGCAAGAACCCCCCGCCCGGGCGCCUGGAGGCCGACAUGGAUUUCGGGGUGGGGCUUGCCCCGUUCCACGCCAAGCUGCCGCCGGAGGUGGAGAACUCCCUGUACUCCCAGCUUUGAUGCCCUCGGCUCCCGCGGGACUCUCCUGCACCUCCCUGUCCCGCCCCGAGCCGGGCAGGGGGCACAGCACAGCCCCUGCCCCUGUGCUGGGACAGGCCCCCCUGGGGACAGGAGCACCCCCAGCCCAGCCCGGGAAUUUCCCCUGGAAUUUCUCCCCUUCCAUUUUAUUUUCGGGAACUCUCCAGCAGCCGGAGCCGCUGUAUCUCCCUCCCCUCAAGGUUUUGUUGCUUCAGCCCCGGGGGCUCUGCGGGGAGCCCGGUAGGUUCUCAGGAGUUAGUGGACUUCUCUGGAAUGAGAUCUCAGAAUAAAAAAAUGGGAAUUGUACAGGAGUGGCGGCCGGGAGAGGCUCUGUC